AAGUGUUAUUGCCCCAAAGCCAUCUACAAAUCCAGUGUGAUGGAGCUUCUUCCCCAUGUCCAUGAAUUUUGAAAUUUUAAUAAUUCAUGUUUAGGCUUGUGAUUCUUUCCGUGUUGCUUAUAUAUAAUUCUGGAUUUUUCUGCACAAUGAGAGGGCGUGUGUUUCCAUUUGCUCUCAUCUUUUCUGUCUCUCAAAAGUUUUAUUCAUGGGGUUGGGGAUUUAGCUCAGUGGUAGAGCGCUUGCCUAGGAAGCGGAAGGCCCUGGGUUCGGUCCCCAGCUCCGAAAAAAAGAACCAAAACAAAAAGUUUUAUACAUAAAAAUUGCUAAUUUUAAAAGUUUAUUAUUCGUUUCUCUUGAUGCUGUUACAAGUGGGGCCUUUUCCCUAGAACAUAUCUUAAGGAUUAAGAAUUGAGAAAUAUUAAUUUCUAUGUCAAUUUUUAUCCAACAACACUCUCUAAUUCUUUUCAUUGUUACAGCCGUAUUUUUUUGUUAUUAACCGCGGUUUCUAUAACAUAUUGAGAAGGGGCCAGGAUAAAAGCCACCAGCUCUACCACCGACAGGGCUGUAGUUCUUGAAAGACAUAUGAGUUAUAAGGUCUUGUACCUUAGCCACACACUCAGCCUGCAAUUAUUCAGAAUACCCAGCUGAGCAAGAAAUGAACUGAAACCGAGAAUUUCAGAAUACAAAGCCAACCAAUGGAGAGCAGUGAGAGAAGCCAGCCUUUCGGCCACUGUACACACAAUGCUGUCACCAUAGUAACUAUGCCUAAUGUAAGUGCCCCAGACAAUUACUUCAGCAGCUAGUCUGAAUGUUUAAUGCAAACCUGUAUCUGUGCUUUAGGUCAUGUAGUGACCCAACAUGGAGUGAGGGCGUAUGACACCCCCCCCCCGUUCAGAAAUCAUUGCAAAAAUGACAUGGGAAAAUUCCUAUCCUCGCCAAUACAUUUUGAACUUUUGAUCAGAGGGAAUGAUGUCAGAAAACCAGAGUUCGUAAAAUAGACAUUUGAGAUUCUGUUCCAGUAACUCUAGGAGAAAUUAGAAAAGUAAUUCAAAAAUAACUCAGAGAAAAGAGCUGAGGUGACUCACUACCGUCAGGAGGGUGGGAGCCCUCAUCCGAGCAAGUGUGUCUGGACUCAGACUUCCACUGUCUCUGAUGGUAAGCCUUCCUACUCUCCUCGGGGUCCUCAGGAAGGUCAGCACUGGCUCAGAAGAGGAACUUGAAAAGGAAGUAGCCAUUAUUUAAUGUUUCGGCACUGCCCAUCAGGGGAUCCUGCCUGGCAGCCCCUGGAAUUUUACAACGGGGGCUCCUCUUAAUGAGGGGAACCCAGGAUUGGGCAUCGGAUACUGAACAAAGCAGGCCUUGCUUCCCGAGCUUUUGAAAAAGGUAUCACCCCACUGUCUUCUGUCAUCCCUUCCCCAGAGCCAACGGGGUUCUGCCCACAAGUCAUAAGGAAUGGCAGAUGUCACUGAGUCAUCGGGCCAAAAUAAGCUGCAUGCAGGGACAGGCGUGGAGGCUCCGAAUGAGCCCACCCCUACUGUCAUCUCUGUAGUUCACCAAGGAGCUCAUCCACUGGACCUCUGCUGCUUCCCUCAGGUCCCUGGGCCAAGCAUUCAGGAGACUCUAACUUUAAAAAAGUCAUCUAUUUAUUUGCAUGUUUAUGGGUGUUUUGUCUGCAUGUCUAUCUGUCUGUAUACCACGUGCAUGCUGGUUGCCCAGGAAGGCUAGAAGAGGUUGUUGGAUCCAUGGAACUAGAGACACAGAUGGUCAUGAGCCACAUGUGAGAGUUGGGAAUUGAAAUCUGGUCCUUUGGAAAGUCAGUGCUGGUAACCACUGAGCCACCUCUCCAGCCCCAGGUCCUAACUCUUAAGAGCCUGGACCAACAUCUAGAUGACUGCAAUAUUCCAGGGAGCCAGAGUAUCAGAAACUCUGCCCUGGGCUCGGAGGAUAUCUGGCUCUGCCAAAGAGAAGACCUUGGUUGUCUCCUUAGAACCAGGCAGCACCGAGGAGUCCACAGGAAGAAGGGUGAGGAAGUCAUGGAUCAGCGGGCACUGGGGAAGUCUGCUAUUGACACUGGGGGAAGGCUGCUAGCAGCAGACCAGGAUACUGGACUCUGAUACUUGUAAGGACAAGGGCAUGGCGGAAGAAACUAUGAUGCCUGAAAAGGCUCAUUCCUGUCUCACAUUUGAGUCAUGACAGUGUAAGGCAAAAGGGACUCACACUGGCCUCCCAGCAAGACCAGCUUGUCCAUCAUUUCUGGGGUUGGGCAGAGGGGCGACUUAACAACCAGUUCACACAUUCCCUUGGGCUGGAGAGGCAGGACCCAGUAUACUACCAUACUGGGUGUCCUCUUCUGAAUAAUAAGGGGGUCCAUUUUCUGGAAGAGGCAGGCUAGGCUGGGCAGCUGGUGUAGACACACAUAUCAGGGCUCAAGAUUGCCAGCAACCAGAAAUGGCUAACUCUGUAAGCAAAAUACCAGGAACUAAGUUUCCCUUGGAGUAGAGACAUGCAUGGUUUUUCUUCUUUUUUUUAAAGAUUUAUUUAUUUAUUCAUUAUAAAUACACUGUAGCUGUCUUCAGACACACCAGAAGAGGGCAUCAGAUCUCAUUACAGAUGGUUGUGAGCCAUCAUACGGUUGCUGGGAUUUGAACUCAGGACCUCUGGAAGAGCAGUCAGUGCUCUUCACCCCUGAGCCAUCUCUUUCCUUUCUAGCUGCAUCUGAUUUGCUGAGGGACAAUGUAUGCAGAGUUAAGAACCCUGACUCCCUGAGUUUGCAUUCUGGCUUUGUUAUCUGUGAUGGUGUGUAUAUGCUAGGCCCAGGGAGUGGCACUACUAGAGGGUGUGGCCCUGUUGGAGUAGGCGUGUCACUGUGGGCGUGGGCUUUGUGGCCCUCAUGCUAGCUGCCGAGUAGCCAGUAUUCUGCUAGCAGCCUUCAGAUGAAGAUGUAGAACCUUCAGCAACUCCUGCACCAUGCCUGCCUAGUUGCUGCCAUGUUCCUGCCUUGAUGAUAAUGGACUGAAUGAACCUCUGAACCUGCAAUGACUCAGGAUGCAGCCAGCAGCCACAACGUGCACAGAGGACCGCAUCCAGCACGCUCUGGAGAGAUGCUUGCAUGGACUGAGCCUCGGACGCCGUUCUGCUCCCUGGUCAGCCGGGCUGUGUCUGAACUGCUGGAGCCUACAGGAGCUGGUCAGCAGGGACCCGGGCCACUUCCUCAUCCUCCUGGAACAGAUCCUGCAGAAGACCCAAGAGGUCCAAGAGAAGGGCACCUAUGACCUCCUCGCCCCUCUGGCUCUGCUCUUCUAUUCCACUGUCCUCUGCACUCCACACUUCCCACCAGACUCAGACCUCCUGCUGAAGGCAGCCAGCACCUACCACUGCUUCCUGACCUGGCCGGUUCCCUACUGCAGCAUCUGCCGAGAGAUGCUCACCUUCAUCGAUGCUGAGCUCAAGGCCCCAGGAAUCUCCUACCAGCGGCUGGUGAGGGCUGAACAGGGCCUGCCCAUCAGGAGCCACCGAAGUUCCACUGUCACUGUGCUGUUGCUGAACCCGGUAGAGGUACAGGCUGAGUUCCUCGCUGUGGCAGACAAGCUGAGCACACCGGGACAGUCACCCCAUGGCGCCUACACCACCCUGCUCCUGCAUGCCUUCCAGGCCACCUUUGGGACCCACUGUGACCUUCCUAAACUGCACCGCAAACUUCAGUCCAAGACGCUAGAAGAGCUCGAGGACAUCUUCACUGAGACUACAGAAGCCCAGGAGCUGGCAUCUGGCAUUGGGGAUGUAGCAGAGGCCCGUCAGUGGCUCCGGACCAAGCUGCAGGCAGUGGGAGAAAAAGCCGGCUUCCCCGGGAUCUUAGACACUGCAAGCCCUGGGAAACUCCACACGAUUCCCAUCCCUGUCGCCAGAUGCUACACUUACAGCUGGAAUCAGGACAGCUUUGACAUCCUACAGGAAGUCCUUCUCAAGGAGCAGGAGUUGCUGCAGCCAGGGAUCCUGGGAGAUGAUGAAGAGGAGGAAGAGGAGGACUUGGAGAUUGACAGGCAUAUUGCUGAGAGGGACUCCCUGCUCUCCACAGGCUCUCUGGUGUCUCACGACUCCGAACUGUUGCUUACCUCCUCUCAGGCCUCAGGACCAGUGCUGUCCCGCCAGGUGCUGACCACCUUUGUCUCAGGCCUCUCGGAUGGCAUGGACAGUGGCUACGUUGAGGACAGUGAGGAAAGCUCCUCAGAGUGGCCCAAGAAGCCGGGCAGCCAGCAGCGCCAGGGUCACCGCAGGCCUAGGCAGAAGUUCAACAGGUUCUAUAAACUUUUAAAGAGCACCAGCCAGUUGGUCCUGAGGAGGGACUCUCGGAGUCUGGAAUGCAGCCCAGACCCAACCCUGCCUCUGCGGCGGGCAGGGAGCCUCAGCAGCCCCUUGGACUUUCCGACCCAGCUCCCUUCCAGGGCUCAGCGCUCACGGUCCCUACCCCAGCCCAAGCUCAGCACCCAACUACCCAGCUGGCUUCUGGCACCACCCUCACACCACCAGCGCCGCCGUCCCUUCCUCAGCGGGGAUGAGGACCCCAAGGCUUCCACACUACGGGUUGUGGUCUUUGGCUCUGACCGGAUCUCAGGGAAGGUGGCCCGGGCCUAUAGCAAGCUCAGGCGGCUGGAGAACAGUCACCCGAUCCUCACCCGGUUCUUCAAGCUUCAGUUCUUCUACGUACCUGUGAAGAGAAGCCACGGAGCCAGCUCUAGUGCCUGCCUAUCCUCUCUGAACCAGGCAUCUCCACUCCUUCCAGACUCCUUGAAGCACCCCAGCCCUGCAGACCUUGGCAAGGCCCCAUGGGAGGACAGUACCAAUGACAUCUCUCACUACCUCGGUAUGCUUGACCCUUGGUAUGAACGCAAUGUGUUGGGCCUCAUGCAUCUGCCUCCUGAAGUCCUGUGUCAGCAGUCCCUCAAGGCAGAAUCUCGGCCCCUGGAGGGCUCGGCCACCCAGCUGCCCAUCCUGGCCGAUAUGUUACUCUACUACUGCCGCUUUGCAGCCCGCCCAGUGUUGCUGCAGGUUUAUCAGACAGAGCUGACCUUCGUCACCGGGGAGAAGACCACGGAGAUCUUUAUCCAGUCUCUGGAGCUGGGUCACUCUGCGACCACUCGUGCUAUCAAGGCUUCAGGUCCGGGAAGCAAAAGGCUGGGCAUUGGCGAUGACCGGGAGGCCGUCCCUCUAACACUACAGAUUAUUUACAGCAAGGGAGCCAUCAGUGGGCGAAGCCGCUGGAGCAACCUAGAGAAGGUCUGCACCUCUGUUAACCUCAGCAAGGCCUGCCAGAAGCCGGAGGAACUAGAUUCCAGCAUGGAGGCGCUGACGCUAACCCUGACAGAAGUGGUGAAGAGGCAGAACCCUAAAUCCAAAAAGGGCUUUAACCAGAUCAGUACAUCCUACAUCAAAGUGGACAAGGUGCAGAUCAUCAGCUCCAGCAGCUGCCCCUUUGCUGUGUGUCUAGACCAGGAUGAGAGGAAGAUCCUGCAGAGUGUGGUCAGGUGUGAAGUGUCACCCUGCUACAAGCCAGAGAAGAGCAGCCUGCCACCUGAGGGGUCCCUCAGCCAACCAGCAGAGGCUGGGUCUGACCUGUGCUCCCUUCUCUGCCUUCCCAUCAUGACUUUCAGUGGUGCUCUGCCCUAGUGCACCUAGGUAUGAGGCUGGACAGCAAAGUGCCCAGCUUCUCCUGGACCACUCUUCAGGGCAGCUGCUCUCUAUGGAGAACCAAAUUGCCCCCGGGUUGCAUCAGGAUCUCUCUGCAGGCCCUGCUAUGGACCAGGGACGUCUGGUCAAUGAUAUCUUGAGCCUCAGAGAGCUGAUGAGGAAACAGGCGUUGGAGAGAGAAGGGCCUGAGAUGUCCAGUCUUACAGAUGCCUCUGAGAAGAGGGAGAGGGAUGGGUGAGAGGUCCCAAAGGAAGGUGUGAGGCUUGUCUGUGGUUUAGGCCUCCUUUCCAAGCCCUGGACUGAGACCCAUCUUUGACUUGUCAAAGACUCAGGGUCCCUAACUAGAGGUCAGUUUCUCUAAGGCACAGGUAGGAGAAAGAUGAGUGAGAUUUCUUUCCUGGCCUCAGACAUCAUCUCUCUAUCCUACCACUACCAUCAUGAGCGCACAUGUACACACACAGAGAGACACACAGAGACACAGACACAUACACAGACACACACAGAUACACACAUAGACACACAGAUACAGACAAACACACACACACACAGAUACACACACAGACGCAGAGUCACACAUAUACACGCAGACACACAGUCACACGCACACAGACACACACACAGACACACAUGCACAUACGCACACGCACGCACAGACUUUCUCAAGUUCCCCAGAUCCCUUGAAAAACAGCACUAAUGUUUGGUACAAAUUUCUCUCCUGAGCCCCUUUCUGGGUCUCAGAUGCUGGGGGCACAGGACUGACUUGGUUCCUUUUUAACUAAAUGACCAGAGGAAGUUAAUGCAUUUCUUCAAGCCUCUGUUUCCUCAGUCCUGAAGUGAAGGGGAAGUGGAUCCUCAAAGGGAGUGCCCCUGAACCUUGCCCAGUGCCUGGCUCUCAGCAGCUGCCCUGGAAAGACAGCGUCUUGCCCUCCAUUGCUGGUGCCCUGCCUUUGGUCUUGAAUAUUCUCAAGGCAGACCUUGUUCGACCUUGCCCCACCUAUGGGUGAGGCAGAACCCACCAGGCUUAAGCCGCAGUCAGGAAGGGCCACCUAGGUGCGGAUCCUCCCCAACUUCCCUAGCAGAUGGUUCCAGUAAAAGCUCACUUCCUCCAGGGCUGGGGGCUGGCACACGGUAUGUGAGCAAUUUCCAUCCCCACAAGCUCUCUGGACAAGGUCUCAGCGGAGCAGAGGACGAACUGCUGAAUAUCUAACGGUAGAGACAGAACACUCACGCAUGGGACCCGAUAGACCAAGAGCCUGGAGCUGAAACCUGCCAGACUGGAGGGCUUAACGAGUUGACAAGAUGUGGCUGGGACAACAAGGUGGUGGGCUGGCUCGGGCCCUGGGCUGACAUGGCUGAGUAAGGAACCUUGGAAGCGUAACAAGCUGCACACAAAGUUCUUCCUGUCCCGUUCUGCGCCAAAGACCCCGGUUUAUAGAAGCCCAAGGAGCCUGCAGCGUGCUCCCGACUUGAGACUGGACAGAGCCACUAUGUUGUCAUUCCCAGUCCCAGCUGCAGGUCUGCCAGGCUCUGGAGCGACGUCCAGCCGUGCAUUUCCACAUACUUCCACCCGCUGUGUGAGCCCGUUGUUCUACUGCAUCAUCAACAUGACAUGGAUCAACGGAUGGGACUUUAAUGUUAUUAUCAAAUAAAGUUGAUUUAUUGUACACUUGGAGACCUAUA